ACGAGCUACAAGUCUCUCUUGGCCGCUCUUCCAUGGGCUACCAAUCGCUCGCCGAGUCACUCGCACAAACUCCGAGCGCCGCCGCCCUACCUCCUCCGUCACCACCACUAUCAUCACCUUCUCUUGGCCCCCGGAAGAUCGCGAGCAUCACCACCACCACCGCCAUUAUCAUCGCUAAAUGUGUCAGCCGAAGACAAAGAUGGUCUUAUUCUUCAAUUUACAAUGUUCCGGGUUUUUGCAUCUCAUGAUGUUCGUUACCACCGACAACAAUUUUGCUCAAGCGGGUUUUUUGUCUCCAUUGACGCUGCAUUUUGUCGAGGAUGCAGGGCAACUUGCUUUAAAUUCUUCCGGCCAAAUCUUAGUUCACUUAGUCGGGCGGAUAGAUCCCCCGUCUACCAUUUGAGUAAAGCAGAAGCCAAACUAUGAUGAAGUUCCGGAUUGUUUCAAGCUGUAGAAGAUUUUCUUCAAGCAUCUCCCAACAGUUUUCGGGCAUUGUGGAAUCUGUUCUGACAAGAUGGUCUGACGUAGCGGUGAAGAAGGUGCAGAGCUUCGAGGGGGUUUCUCUUGCGACAAUUCUUGAGCUUUUCAAUUUUCUUCCGGAAUCCAUUCGUGGACUCCGGAGGGUUAAGGCGUUGAAUUCAGAUGAUGUGUUGAAAAUUUUGGUGAGUUGUUUGGAGGAAUGCAGAGUAAAGGCUUUUGAAGCGAACAUUGUACAUUCUGCGUGGAACCUGUUCAUCUGGGCUCCUAACCAAAACCAGUUUGGUUAUUACCACCUUCCUCAGUCAUACAACGUUAUGCUUUCAAUGCUAAUUCGUGGCGGGAUGAUCCGGAAGGCAGAAUCUCUUCUUUUAAGGAUGGAUACUGAGGGAAUUGUAGUGGAUUCAGGGAACUUGAUUAUGCUCUUGCAAGAGUAUGGUAAUAUUGGUGACAUAGAUAGUGCCCUGUCUAUGCAUGAACGGAUGAAGAAGAGAUGUUGCUCACUGAAUUCUUCUUGCUACAAGUCUCUCGUUAAUUGUUUCAUCGGAAAGAAGAUAAUCCGUCCAGGGCUAACGUUUCUAGUGGACCUGCUGGAGAUGACGCCCAAGAUAGAAAGUCAGGAUUUUGAGUGUGUCAUUGCAGCACUUUGUGAGGAGGAAAGGAUUCAAGACGCGACUGCGGUCCUGAGAAAGAUGGUUGAUUUAGGAUUCGAGCCAAACCAGUAUAUUCUUGAUAAGAUUUCAUAUGGGUAUUGUGCGCAGGGUGAUUUUGAGGGGCUGUUAAACUUUUUGAACGAGUACCUACACGAACCGAUUGAUAAUCGAUUAUGCAAUAAGAUCAUAUAUUCUCAAUGCAGGGUUUCGGGGUCCGAAAAGGCUUUCAUGCUGAUGAAACAAUUAAUCAAUUUAGGUUUCGUUCCGGAUGGAAAAAUUUUCAGCAUUCUAAUAUGUUGGUGUUGUAGGGAAGGAAGACUUCGAAACGCCAUGAUGCUUUUCUCUGAACUUAUUUUAAGACGACUGAAACCUGAUUUUUACGUUUAUAAUUCUAUGAUUAGUGGCCUUUUCACUGUCGGUCUAGGACAUCACUCAAAAGAAGUUUUCUUUGAUAUGAUCGAGAGAGGGAUAGAGCCUGAUAUGUCAACACUUAGAGUUCUCUUAGCUGGUUACUGCAAAGAGCGGAAAUUUGAUGAUGCAAAAUGGGUGGUGCACAAGAUGGCUAGUCUUGGUUUGGGUGUAUCCUCGGGGUCAGAAGACGGCCUUACGGCAAUAUUUUUGGCUUUGAAUCUUGUUUUUAACAGAGUUAAAAUCAAGAGAGAUAAUACAGAUGCUCUUUCCGGAGCAGAAUUUUAUGAUGCUCUUGGCAAUGGAUUCUAUUUGGAAACAGACGUUCAUACGUAUGAGGAAACCUUGUCUGCUAUCUUAUAUGAUGCAUUAAGUCUCGACUUUGAAUCAGGUAUAUUGAAAGAAUGGAGCAACGGAAAUGUGGAAAUUGCAUUGAAGCUGGAAUACCGAAUGGUGCGGUGGGGUCAACAGCCUUCGUUAGCAGCAUAUUCUGCCAUUCUUAAAGGACUUUGUGCAUAUUGCUCCGAUGAAGCAGUUGUUGGUCGUCUCCUUGAAAUGCCAAAACGGUAUCUCCAUCAGAUGGAUCGUGAAAUUCUUGAUCUUGUACUGCAAACACUCAUCAAAGGGAAAAGGACCUCUGAAGCACUGCUCAUAUUAGAGACUAUGCUUUGGAGGAAUCUCCCCAUCAAGAAUGGGAUGCAUAUGGCUGUGCUAACAGGGUUAUGCAAGGAGAGAAGACAAAGUGAGUUUCAGAAAUGCUGGGAAUUGGCACAACAGGAUGGGUGGGUUCCAUGUCUUGCUGACUGCAGAACUCUUGUAGACUGCCUCUGUGAACUCGGUAUGCUUAGGGAAGCUCUAGAAUUGCUUGAGAAUAUGUCGCUGAAUUACUCUGAUUCAGUUCCUUUUAUCUUUGGGUCGUUUAUUGAAGUACUUUGCUGCCAUCCUGGCUUUGCUAGGCCUGCCUUUCUGCUAGUUCAGGAGAUGCUUAAGAGGGGUUUAUCUGUUGAUCCUGCGCUGUAUAGCUGUCUUAUAAGAGGGUUGUACAAGGAAAACAUGAUUCUUGAAGCAAUAGAGGUACUUGAUGCUAUGAUAGAGAGGGCUCAAAAUCCCAUCUUAUGCAGAUCAUUUCAGUUUCACACAGCACAAAGGUUGGGUCACAUUUUACUUGAAAAGGUGUUGCCAGAUACAACAGUCCACAGUGUUCUCAUAAACAAGCUUUGCAGAAUGGGGAAGAUCUCAGAUGCAAUUAUUAUUUUCCAAGAAAUCAUGGCAACUGGUCUAUGCUUAGAUAAUGCUGCUUUUGACGCUAUUGUGAGAGCAAAUUGUUUAGAGAACAACCUGAAUGAAGUGUAUGGAAUUCUUUGUGCCAUGCUAAAGUGGGGCAUCAUCCCAUCCAUGAAGACUUACGGUAACAUAUUAAAAAUGCUUUGUUUGGGGGGAAAGGUAAUUGAUGCAGUAGCUAUGAAAGAUUUUUUGCUGAAAACAAGAGUGUAUUCAGAUACUUCUCUGUACAAUAUGCUGAUUUACCAACUUUUUCAAAUAAGUGAUCUACCUAUGGUCAUGAAUAUUUUGAAUGAAAUGCAUGAGAAAGGAUUGAAUAUGGAUUCUGUCGGCUAUAAUAUUCUUGUAGUGGGCUUUUCUAAAGCUGGGAAUGUCUCUAACUCGUUGGAGUUCCUAGAGACUAUGAUAAAGAAGGAUUUGCGACCAAGCAAUCGUAGCUUUAGGACUAUAUUUGCUAGUUUGUGUACCUUAGGCCAACUUGAUAAAGCAUUAGAAUUAAGCUACAAAAUGGAAUGUAGAAGAUGGGCUCACAGUUCUCUUGUUCAACAUAAACUUGUCCAAGGUCUUCUUGAAGUUGGUAGAGUAAGUGAAGCAGAGCAGUUCAUGGACCGGAUGGAAGAGAAGGGCUUAGUUCCUGAUAAUAUCAUUUAUGAUGGCUUAGUUAGGCAAUUCUGUAAGCACCAACGGCUAGGAAGGGCUGUUCAUCUUCUCAAUAGCAUGUUGAGGAGAAGUAACCUGCCUACAGACGCUACUUAUAGGAUGAUUAUUCAUGGAUUUUGUCAUCAAAAUUCACUAGAUCAUGCUCUCAAUUUUUAUGCUGAAAUGUUGCACAAAGAUCUUGAACCAGGUGUUGAUACAUCUGGUGCAAUAAUUUAUGCACUUUGUGACAGUGGACGAGCAGAUGAGGCAUGGGAGCUCUUAUCUGAAAUGCUGCAACGAGGCCAAGACCCAUCAGUUAUGAUGUAUGAAUCUGUAAUUGAUAGUUUUUCCAAAAUGAGCAAGCUUAAGAAAGGCUCUGGAGCACUGAGUGACAUGCAACAGCAUGGCUACAGGCCUGAUUUUGGAACUCACUGGUCUUUUAUAGGUAGCCUAGCAAAGACAGAUGGCAAGGGCAAUCAAAAGAAGAGGUUCUUAUCUGAAUAUCUUACUCACAGUGGAUUCUCUUUAACAAAGUCUUUGGACUUGGGAUAUAUGGCUAGAAAGUAAAUUAUUAUUGGAAUGGAUCUUCCCUUGGGGACUUCUCCAUUUUUUAUUUUUCUAUAUUCCAGCUUGAAUUUUUUACUCUCUCAAUCAGAUUUCUUUGAUGGAACUGAACUAGGAAUGCUAGCCAAAUGUGUAUGUGGUUUCAUGAGAGUUGGAGGUGAAAGGCAUCAUCUGGACAACGCUGUAGCUUGUUAUUCCAAGGAAGGAGUGUAGUCCAAAACCUUGAGCAUAUAAUCAGGCUUCUGACUCAUAAUACUUGAAAUAAUGAUCAGAAAUGUAUUUAUACUUGAGGUUUCUGUUCAAGCUUAAAGAGAAUUAUAGAAGGUCCUUGAUAACUUGGACUUCUGUGGCAACAAGAAGCUGCCUUUGUCUGAGGUGAACACAGUUCCAUGCACAUACAAAUUUGUUUUAAGUGAAGGCUUUUUUGCCAUGGUUUUCCAUUGUGGAUGGCAGUACUGUAUAUGUGGGUGGUAGAGCUAUGCAGAAAUCACAGGUACUCUUCCACGAGCCCAGAUCUGACUUAGAACUUUCCAAUGCAACUCCCACGCAGUUGCUUACGCUCCACUACAUCCACAUUGGGAACCUAAUCACACAUACCUCUCACAUGUGAUUAGGUUUCCCUUCCACGCUGCUCCACUAUCUCCUGAUCAGCAGAGAAAAGAGAGAAAGGGAGGGUAGAGGAAGAAAAAAGGUGGGAAGAAAUGGGGGAGAGAAGAGAAGAGGUCACCGGAAAGUAACGUCAGCCACUGGCAGAGAAGGGUAGAGAUCGCUAGCUCUGAUACCAUGUUACAACCGGCAGUCUUAGAGAGAGAAAAACAUCUUAUUUACUAGCCCUAAUCUCUUAGAUUAGGGCAGAGGUAGAUACUUACAAAUAACAUCAACCAAAAAUAGAGAAAUGUUUAAAGAGAACUCCUAACUAUUAAAUAUUGCAAAGGACCACCUGGAAACUUGAAGUCUUUUAAUUCAACAUUAUCUACCAUUAUACUAUACUGAUAGAAAGUGUUCCUUUUCCAGACAGGGCAAAUUGUAAUAGAUUGACAUCAACCUGCAAAGUUGUUAAUUUUUUUGGCUUAGAAAGCUGGCAGUUCAUUAAGAAGAUAGCAAAUUGAGGCGAGACAGAAGGUUUUGGUGGAUAAGCAGUUGCUUAAUAUUCAUAUGAGGCAAAGGGUAGAGUAAUUUUUUUUUUCAUGUAGUCUUUGUUAACGUGGUAGCAGUCCAUUUAAAUGACACUCACCUGAAAUGUGUCACUGUUUCCAAUUUAUUCUACUUCUAUUGUUGCAAUAUACUUUAUGCAUCCUUAAUGUGGAUUUCCAUGUCAAUUUCCACAUUAGGAGUUGCAAUAGUUCAAUAUUCAUCUUCGAUUGAUAAUAAUUAUAUUUUUUUGCUUCUUAUGCA